AGGGGGGCACUUCACCCACACCACCCACAUCACACACUUCCAUCCCACAGGCACCACAUACAAGCAUACAACCAUGGAGGGGGUGCAACACAUCGACCUGCACACAGGCAACGUCAUGAGCAUGCCCGGCGUGGCCACAUGGGGUGCACCCAAGGAGUCGCUUCAUGCGGCUGUGGAUGCGCUGCUCUCGGCGCCGGAUACCGUCGAGGUUGUGGCCUCUGGGCCGGCAAGGGUGGUUCUCGGACGCAGGCACGUGCCGACCACCCACAUCUCAGCACCGUUCUCGGGCAUCCGUGAGGUCGCAGUCACGCUCUUCCUCUCAGACAAGGCCUCAGCUGAUCAGAUUGAGGAUGCCAUCACUGCAGCAUGUGCAAGCAUCCCGCCACCCGAGCCGGCCGAGUCGCCGGAUGUCCGCCCGAUGUGCGCGUCGGCAGAAUCGAUCGCCGCCGCCCCGCGAGUCGCCCGCGUCGCCCUUGCCCUGCCGAGCCCGGACAUUGCCCGCCUCACAGAGCUCUGGCCGGCGCUGGCAAAGGCGGUGGCGGAUGGCCUUGUUGGAGAGCUUGCAGUUGUCGACGUCUCGGCCGGCGAUCUCGCCACCCUCUGCGACACCGUCACCACCCCGCCUACCAUGGUCCUCAUCUCCAGGGACUCGGGCCUGUACAGUCCCGAUCUUGUGGACAUCGCCAAGGCUCGCAACAUUACCAUCGCCGCCCACAACAUGGCGCCGUGCGCAGAGAUGCUCAGCAAGCUCCCGCUCUCCAGCCUCUGCUCGCUCCUCGCUCAGCGCGGUGUCUUUUCGCCGUCGCCGCUCGCGCCGCCAGUCUGCCCGAUCUCCUCUACCGCCGCCACAGAUGCAAAGCCCGCCUGGGUCCCCACCUGGCUCGCCAUGGAGCAGACGCUCAACGUCUGCCGCUCGCUCAUCGCCUCGCGUUCGUUUGUUGUCUCACUCGACAUCCCGGAAAUCUGCACUCGCUCGCUCGUCUCGGCGCCCGAGCCGAACCCGUCGCAGGAGUAGACCAGCCAUGCCACGCUACCUCUGC